AUGUAUACAUAUUCCGCGAGAUGCACAGCUUCUCCCUUCGUCCCCCGCCUCGCGCUGCUCCUCUCAACACUCCCCGUCUUCGCAGCGUCCCAAGCCGCAAGUCCGUCCUUUACAGACGCGGCAACCUUUCAGAACGACACGAUAGCCGCACAUAAUUUUUACAGAGAGCAGCACGGCGUCGGGGAUCUCCAGUGGAACGAUACCUCUGCUUCUUUCGCUGCCGAAUGGGCUGCGGCGUGCAAUUUUGAACACAGUGGCGGACCAACCGGCGAGAACCUCGCAGCCGGCUACGCGAACGCCAGCGCCAGCAUCGACGCGUGGGGUCUCGAGCGGCAAGAAUACGACUUCGGGGACCCGACUGGCUUCAGCGACGAGACAGGGCACUUCACCCAGCUCGUCUGGGGCAACACCACCACGGUAGGCUGCGGGGUGGCGAGUUGCCAGGGCCGGAACGGCACGCCUGGCUUCUACGUCGUCUGCGAGUACUACCCCCCCGGCAACGUGAUGGGCAACGAAAAUCAGUUCUUCCAGGAAAAUGUCCUGGAGCAGACCAUGGGCGAGGAGACGGAUACCGUCGAAUCGGGUACCACGAGCUCUGGGCAUGGGCACAAGCAUACGAGGAAUCUCGUAGGGGCGGUGGUCAUUGCCGCAAUGGUCGGAUUCGUGAUCGCGGUAUAA